GAUUGACCCGACUCUGUCUGCUAAUCCUUUGGGCGAUAGUGAGUCACUUGUGCCGAAGUUCAGAAUCUUAAGAAUUGCACCAUUGACUGCCAUUGUUCAGUGCCAAUAGCCAAUUCUUCUAGCCCCGUUUGUCUUCUUCAAAGGUCACAGACUGACUUAAUACAGAUGGCCGAGAAAAAAAUGGAAACGAGCACCUUCCAUUGUGAGGAGUUCAAGACAACGUUUCCCUUUGCCAGCGCCGUCGAGAUCGUUGAAAUGGUCAGCGAGUUGGAAGUUCAGGAGGAUGGCGGCAAUGAGGCCAGCAAUAAGUCGAAAGAACCUCGCGGCCUGUUGCUGAAGAUGCUCGACAACUUGGACAGCGAUGUCGAGCGCUUGAGAAAAAACGCCAUGGACCUGGAGGACAAAAGGGAGACCCUGCUCGGCAGCCUGGAUCUCAUACGCCAGUCGCAUGCCCUGGAGACCAUCAGUGAUGCUGAAAAGAAGGAAAUCGAGGAGUACAUCGAAACAAUUACUUCUCGGUGCCGCACUGUACAGAUUAAAGUCGACACUGUGAGGGAUCAGCAACAAGAAGAAUCUCUGCACUCUGUCAACUCACUGAUUGACUCCAUGGUCCUCAAUCUGAGGUUGGAUCCCAUGGGCACACGGGGUCGCUGCCUGGCCUAUCUCAGGUCUUUUUGCCGCUGCGAAGAUGACAAUGAAAUUCUGGUCUCCAUCGCUUCUAAACUUCAGCCCAUGCACGUGGACAAGGGCUUCGAGAGUGCGCUGCUGGGCUGCACGCUUGAUGACCAAAAGCUUGUGAAGCGGCGCCUGCGGGGCCUGCUCUCAUACAUCAUCAGCCCUCAGAAUGAGUAGCGUGCUCCCUAAGACUGGAAAUUUGAUUUCAACCUGAACAUUAUUUAUUGAGCUUAAAUGCAGAACUGGCAGUGAGCUGAUUGUUCAGGUCAAGGACUGAAGGCUGCUGUUGUUAAGUUUAAACCUAAAAAUGCCUUUCUUUGCUGCUUCUUAUCGUGUCAACACUCAUUCUACUGUUGAAAUCCGCUAAGCCGGACGUUCAAUUUUACAUCACUAAAGCUGUAUCGAGAUGCAAAAUGCACGCUUUGAACUGAGAAAAGUACUGACUAUAACUAUUGUCAUUCGAAUUAAAAUUUUAUGGUAGGCAUUGCAUUGAACAGUGAAACAUAAUUCAUUCCUUGUUCGUUUUGAUUGUGAAAAUUACCAAAACUGGUUUAAAUUAAAA